UUGCCAAGUGAAUGCCAAAAACGUGCGUUUCGCAUAACGCAUUUGUUUUUGUUUAAAUAAAGUUAGUUAUUGUUAAAGUAAGCAAAUAUUAAAGCAGCAAUAUGAAACUAAGCACUUAUAAUUUCCUAACUUCGAUGGCCAUCAAGGGUGUCAAGGUUGGAUAUCCACUGAAGCUGACGAUCAGCAAAAAGGAUGUGGUAGAAAGUGAAUUUAAUCCUGUAUUUAUAGAAAGGCUGCUGCCCAAGCUGGACUGGUCAGCCAUAUAUGGCGCUGCACAGGUGGCGGAAUGCGCUGAAGAUAUUCCCGAAUCUCAACCCGAAAACAUAACCGAGAAUGAGCAGCUGAUGCAGAAACUGCAUCACUUGUUGUUUGAAAUAGAUGUGCUCGAGGGUCAGCUGGAGUGCCCGGAAACAGGAAGAGUAUUUCCCAUAACCGAUGGUAUACCCAAUAUGCUGCUAAACGAAGACGAAGUUUGAGGAUUCCAAAAUGUUUUGUACCAAUCACGCAUAUUACUAAGUUAGUUAGUUUUAAAUAUCGAUUUAUAUUUCAAGCUGCAAAGUUUGUCUAUAAAAAAUGUUGUUAAUACGA